GAAGGCCAAGCUCAAGCUGAAGGAGCAGGUCGCGGCACCCCGUGCCAGCGAAGGCCUGACGACGGAGGAGGAGCAGACGGCCCGCGCCACGAUGAAGCGGGCGAAGAAGAACGCCAACAACAACGAGUAUGCCAAGAAGCGACACAAGACGGACAAGAGCGCUGGUCAAUGCGUGAGGUGCCACACAGAGACGCCGGAGGCAGGCGGUGUAAUGUGCCAGUGGUGCAAGAAGAAGGAGAAAGUCGUGCGCGACGUCAAGAAGGACCAGGGAAAGUGCGGGUCGUGCAGCAAGCCGAAGCCGCGUCUGGACGGCACGCCUAUUGCCAGGCCAUGCAAGAAGAACCCGUGCGCCGAGAAGAAGGACCGCUCCUUGUAUUCCAGAUGCCAAGACUGCAGAGCCGCCAACAAUGCCAGCAUGAGGAAGUCCAGACACGCCAUGUACAACACGGGCUGGGCCGCGGCCAUCAGCCUCAGCUCUUCCUCCUCCAGUCGGCGCGCCUCGAUGUCGCGCUUCCUGCCGGUCACUACAUCCGAGUCGACGUUCAAGUACAACUACGACGACCGCUGGGCCAACUUCGGCUACGUGUUCGUGACGAUCAUCAUCUUCCGCCUGCUCUCGAUGCUCUCGCUGCGCUACAUCAACCACACCAAGAGAUAG